UUUAUUUCUUUUGCAGGUGUGUUUGCUGGUGAUGCAGAUGAAAUGAAAUCGGUAUCAGUGACUGAGGGAAAUUCUAUCACUAUAAACCCUAAUAUUACUGAAGUACAGAGAGAGGAUCAGAUUCUGUGGAUGUUUGGACCUAAAGAGACUCGAAUAGCUGAACUCUAUAUGCAGAGCAUUGAUAUGUUUAACAGUAAAGAGAUAUUUGGAGACAGACUGCAGCUGGACUCUUUCACUGGAUCUCUGAUCAUCAGAAACAUCAGAAGAACAGACUCUGGACUUUAUAAAGUACAGAUCCGCAGCGACAGAGGAAACUCAGACAAGACAUUAAGUAUUACUGUCUACGCUUGUCUACCUGCUCCCGUCAUCACCAGAAACUCUUCAAUCUGUUCAUCAUCAUCAUCGGUGUCUAGAUGUUCACUGCUGUGUUCAGCUGUGAAUGUGAGUGCUGUGACUCUCUCCUGGUACAAAGGAAACAGUUUAUUGUCCAGCAUCAGUGUGUCUGAUCUCAGCAUCAGUCUCUCUCUACCUCUGGAGGUGGAAUAUCAGGAGAACAACAUCUACAGCUGUGUGAUCAACAAUCCCAUCAGAAACCAGACCACACAUCUGGACAUCAACAAACUCUGUCACACGUGUCCAGGUAUGUCAGUGACUCUGGUCAUUGUUGUGGUUCUACUGAAGCUGUGA